AUGUAUCCACCAAUCUCCCCUCAUGCACAGCCACCGUACAAUCAGCCUGUUGUUACUGGUUUCCCGGUGGGUUACAACAGUUACAACCCCCCGUUUACCCAGCCCCAGCCGCAGCCGCAGCCGCAGCCGCAAGCACCACCUCCUCCUCAGCCUAAAGAUUGGUCCACAGGCCUCUUUGGCUGCUUCUCCAACUUCAAAAACUGUUGCAUAACAUGCUGGUGUCCAUGUGUCACCUUUGGCCGAGUUGCAGAGAUUGUUGACAGGGGAUCAACUUCAUGUGGUGCUAGUGCGGCUCUGUAUACGCUGAUUUUAUGUGUGACUGGUGGUUCAGCUGGUUGCUUGUACUCUUGCUUCUACCGCUCCAAGAUGAGAGCGCAGUACAAGUUGAAGAAGAGACCUUGUGGUGAUUGCUUGGUUCAUUGUUGCUGCGAGCCCUGUGCUUUGUGUCAAGAUUAUCGUGAACUUCAAAACCGUGGAUUUGACAUGGUCAUUGGAUGGCGUGGAAAUGUCGACCUGCGAAACCAAGGAGUAGCCACGACUCCAACAGCUCCGGCAAUGGAAUACAUGAGCCGUUGA